AUGCAUUUCCAAUCUCUCUUCAUCUUCGCCGCCGCCGCCCUCCUCGGCCAGGCUGCGGCCCAGAUUCAGACAGUUGGGAGCAAGUGCAAACAGGUACCGGACUGUACCAAGGACAAUGUCGGUGUAGCGUGCAAAGUCACCUGCGAGGACAACCCUGGCGGCACUCGCAUCACCAACGGAUUCUGCAAGAAUGGGGUCUUCGGAUUCAGCUGCACUCCCUAA